ACUUUCCUCAUCUCCUCAUAUAUAGUAGCUGAAUCGUUAGUUUCAACAUUUUACUGCUUAACUCAUUUUCUUUGAUUGCUUGACUAUCACUCUCUUCUGAAUUCUAAUGAAUCCGAGUUUGAGGGAUGCUGCUGAUCAAGGAAGCAUCGAUGCCUUGUACGCAUCGAUACAAAUGGAUCCAGAGGUUUUGGAUAGGAUCGACAAGAUUCCAUUUGUUGAGACUCCUUUACACAUAGUUGCAUCUGCUGGGCACACCCUGUUUGCCAUGGAGAUCAUGAAGUUAAAGCCCUCAUUUGCUAGGAAGCUUAACCAAGAUGGUUUUACUCCUUUACACCUUGCUUUGCAAAAGCUCCGUGCACUUGAAAAUGACCAAGCUUUGCAAAAGAAGCAAACCCAAUUGGUAUACCGACUAGUUUCUGUUGAUAAAGACCUUAUCCGGGUCCAAGGAAGGGAGGGUGUGACUCCUUUGCAUUACGUUGCUCAAAUAGGAAAUCUCCAUCUUUUGACCAAAUUUCUAAAAGAUUGUCCCACGUCUGUGGAAGAUGUAACAAUUCGAGGAGAGAAUGUACUGCAUAUAGCCCUGAAGAAUAACAUGCCCGAGCUCGAAGCUUUUUCGUACCUGUUACGAAGGGUUCUGGGGUCUUAUUUAAAAGAUGCCAAAUUGUUAGAGGAGAAACUGCUGUAUUGCACGGAUGAUGAAGGCAACACUCUGUCUCUGUUGGAAGUUGCAGUAUCCAUAAUUAAUCAACCGGAGGCAAGUCCUUAAUUUAAUUUCCAGUACU